GAAUAUGAAUCAAACUUCACGCUUUAUCCACAUCUCUCUCGUUUCUCUCGUCUCUCGUCUCUUGUCUCAUUAUGCAUUUUCAACCUUAUGGAUGAUUCGGGCUUCGAGCUUUGAGGUUCGCGGUUCGAGAUUCAGCAUUCAACAUUCAAGCUGUACAUCCUCUUCCGUCUGGUGUUGACCCCAUCCCAUCCCAUCAGAUCGAUCAAUACCCACUAGUCUUGUCAGCACUACUAGAAUAGUAACAAAUUCAUACCAGCCAGUAAGUAGGUAGGUCGGUACCAGGUAGGACAUUUGUACCCAGUAUUCAGCUGGAAGAGAGCCUCGUUUUAUAGCCCCCUUCCCUUGAUGAAUCAACAAUUCCAAUUAACUUUCCCUGAUUUCAUAUGUCAAGAUCAGAAAAAAGAAAGUGGUCAUUCAUUCAUCAUACAUACAUCCAUCCAUCCAUCCAUACGAUACACACACCACGCACACAGAGAGACGCACACAUUCAUGCAUACCUAGUACACUCGUCCAUCAUAUGCCUACUUAUGUAGCUUGGAAAUCCUCCUUUUCAUAAAUUCGUGGUAAAGAGAGAUGACUUCUUUUUUCAGAAAGAAGCUUCGGAGAAUAACUACCAUGCCUCUCCUCACUCCCUCCGGUAAACAGUUCUCUCUUCACAAACUCGUAGCUAUGUCGACGAUGAUGACGCCUGGUCAUGGAGUCCAUCUUCAACCUCUCAACAAUACCACCGCAGGAGAUCCUCCACGUCAGGUUUAUCUCUCACAUGAAAUUCAGGAAUAUUUGCGAAAACUUUUCGACGAAUUACGAGGCUCCGAAUCAUGUCUAUCAAGGGAACGCUUCGAGAAAUGGCUGGCAGACGUUCAAGGCCACACAGUCAACCUCAAUAAAGAUACAUACAAAGUCGAAGAAUUUCUCGAGUCAUUAUACUACAGUCAUUCACUAGAGGUGUUGAAGCGCAUACCGGAAUUGGAUCAGUCAAAACCAAUCACCAAUUAUUAUAUCAGUAGUAGUCACAAUACAUAUCUAGAAGGAAAUCAGUUAUUGUCGAGGAGUUCGACUGAAGCAUAUAAAACAGCUCUCACUCAAAAUUGUCGAUGUAUUGAAAUAGAUGUACACAAUGGAGAAAUACCAGAGAAAGACGACAAAUCCAUAUUUUCCCAUAAAGCCGAUCAUAAACGACAACCUUCAGGAACGGGAAGUACACUUUCCAGUAGAGCUGCGGCAGCUAUAUUGACGAUGGAAGAGAAGAUGGAAAGCGCCAAAGAAAAAUUAGAGAGUGCUAAACAAAAGAUUUCAGGGUCAAGUUCGGGAGAUAAACUUAGGGUCUUGGAUGAGGAUGAGAAUGGUGGACGACCGGCCUCGAUACGAUCAUCGAUGCUUGGAGAGCCCUUGGUUCUACAUGGUUGGACAUUGACAGCGCCAGUCGGAUUCCGAGCUGUCUGCAAAACAAUUCGGGAAAAUGCUUUUACGACAAGUCCACUUCCAAUUAUAGUCAGUCUGGAAGUUCAUGCCGAUCAUGAACAACAGGAAGUCAUGGUUGAUAUCAUGAAGGAGGAAUGGGAAGGUCUCUUACUCGAUUCUCCAUUCGAAACAUGCAAUCCGGAGGAAAGGGUUCCAAGGCUCGACGAACUUCUCAACAAAAUUUUGGUCAAGGUCAAGAAAGCGCCGGAAUUGAAGGAUGCACCAGAUGCCCCGAACGAAACUACAAACGGUCAACUUACAGAUGGGCUUUCACCCGCAAGCACGGGUACUUUAGAAAAGAAGGCAUCAUCCAACACAUUAGUACCGGUGAUUUCGAGGAAAGAUGCAGACUCUGGGCAAUCAGGUUCCGAAGAUGAUCGAGGAAGUUCGAAGAAAAAGGCAAAGAUCUGUGAAAGUCUCAGUAAACUCGGAAUUUAUACUCACAGCGAACAUUUUGUGUCAUUUGAUGUAAGAGCGGCCACCAAACCCUCUCACAUAUUCUCCGUCGGCGAAAAAGUGAUCAACGAACUUCAUGAACAAAAACGGGAACAGAUGUUCCAACAUAAUCGUAAUUUUUUCAUGAGAGCGUUCCCAGCUGGCUCACGAUUUGACUCAUCUAAUCUCGACCCUUCCGUCUGCUGGCGUAAAGGUAUUCAAAUGGUUGCUUUGAAUUGGCAAACAUUGGAUGAAGGUAUGAUGUUGAACGAGGGCAUGUUUGCCGGGUCCCAAGGAUGGCUACUUAAGCCUCCGGGCUAUCGCAGUGAGGAUGAAAAAUCCGAUAUAUGGGCAAAUAUACCCUACAAGACCCUGGAUUUGAAAAUCACCAUAUUUGCUGGCCAACAAAUUCCUUAUCCUGAGGGUGAGACGGAAAAGGGCUUCCAUCCAUACGUCAAAUGCGAGCUGCACGUUGAGAGUCAAGAAGAGCUCAACGGGCAGCCAAUCGGAAAUGAUGUCAAAGCAAAAGAGGGCGAACAUAAACUCAAGACUGCCUAUAAAUCGGGAAGUAAACCCGAUUUCGAAGGCGAAACCCUUCAUUUUGAAGGUAUUCGGAACGUGGUGGAGGAGUUAAGCUUUGUCAGAUUUAAAAUUGAAGACGCGAAUUACUCCAAAGAUGAGCUAGCAGCCUGGGCGUGCAUAAGACUAGAUCGUCUUCAACAGGGUUAUCGACUGAUUCCACUGAAAGAUAUCAAGGGGAAUUCAACGGAAGGACUUUUGUUGGUUAAGAUUGAAAAAAUUCUUUCGUGAUGGAAUGUGGGAGUCCGUGGAUGAGUGGGCCUAAAUCGACUUCAAAUGGAGAUUGGGUGGUAAUAUUAAUGUAUGAUAGAUGAGCUGGGUGCUGUGUUGUAUGUAUGUAUGUAUGAGUAGAUAGCCUUUUUUUGUUUUCAUUUCGCCCUGCUGUAUGACCAGGGGUCUGAUCACGACAGUGGAGGGUAGGAAGAAUAUGUAGGCGGGAUGGAUGGAUGUAGUAUGCCAUAGCAUUGCAUUACAUUUCACUGCAUAAUUAUGUAAGUAAGUCAGUGAGUGAGUUGACACUAUUUCGGACGAGCGAGGGAAAAUUUAAUGUAACGAAUUUUGAAGAAAGGAAGGAAGGUAGAUUGGUUGAUGCAUUGGAUUGGAUUGAGUUGAUGAAACAAAGAAUAGGAGGAAUAGGAAUGGAUUGGAUAGGAUUGGAUUGGAAAGGAAAGGAAAGGGAGAGGAGAGGAGAGGAGACAGGAGGGAAAGAUAGAUACAAUGGAAGAAUCAAUGGAAGAUGGAUGGAAGAUAGAGAAAGGAUACCCCCUAUUAGUUAUUGAUUUUUUUUGGGUUUUUCCGAAUCUCGAUGCUUGGAUUUGUGAUUUCAUUUUGAUGAGUUUUUGUGUUGAUAUUUGAGUAUUGAUAUUCGGGCCUUGAUAUUCUUUUGCUUGGCUUUGGCUUUGGCUUUUUAGUGUGUAGAGUUGGAUUUACGAGUUUGAUAUAAUAUGAUGAUAGAUUUUUAGUAUGUGUAUACCA